AUGGAUUAUUACAAACUCAAACCAAAAGUCAUCUCACAUUCUAGAAUUAGAAGUGUACUUCCAAAAAGCACAGUAAAUAAGGAUAUUUCAAAUCUUUACUAAGUUCCAGAGUCUUAAAGAUACCAAAGAAGUCCACUGAGUAAAUAACAAAAUGGAGAAUCUUUUAAUGCAGAAUUAAUAAUAAAUUCCAAGAAAAAUGACUUUUAGCACUAUCAAAGUCUCCCAUUAAAAGCAAUUGAUUUCACAUUAGAAAUUUCUAAUUAAUUAAAACCUCUUUAAACCAAAUUGCAAGAUUUGAAAAGGAGAUAGAAAGAUAAACUUAUCAUUGAGAGGCACUAGCCAAUGUUAACUAGAUAGCAAAGCCAAUUGUCGCAUAAGUCAUCCUCUUUUGGAUAAAAUGAUGACUUGGAUAAUAUUGAGCUGCCAAGUUUAACAAACAAAUAGUUUCCAAUAAUGCCAGCACUAGUUAUAGAAAAUUAAUAUCAAAGCAGAGCUCAAAGUUUAAGUUUAAUCAAGCCUCCUACUAUCAGACCAUUUUAAAGUUGA